AUGGAAGAAGUUGUAGUACCAAGAAGCUUUAGACUAUUGGAUGAGCUAGAACGUGGACAAAAAGGACAAGCUUCAGAUGGUGUUUCUUGGGGUUUGGAUAAUCCAGAUGAUAUUACUCUUGGGACAUGGGCUUGUACAAUAUUUGGACCUCCUAACACUACUUUUGAAAAUAGGAUAUACUCACUUACAAUAGAAUGUGGGCCUAAUUAUCCUAAUGAAGCUCCACAAGUGAAAUUCAAUACUAAAAUAGCUUUAAACUGUGUAGAUAGCAGGGGUAUAGUAUCUCCAAAUUUUCCAAUAUUAAAACAAUGGCAACGUAAUUUCUUUAUUGAGAAUGUACUUAUUGCACUCAGACACGAAAUGGCAUCAAAUGCAAACAGAAGAUUAGCUCAACCUUUAGAAGGAACUUGCUAUAAUGAUCUAUAA